AUGCGUUUCUUCGGCGGUGUUAUCGCGACCUUCGUCGUCUGCUCCUCUUUGGCCGAUGCCUUCUGCCACGACUCGAUCUCUUGCAUGGUGGGAGGUGACAAUGUUUGCAACAACGUCUGUGUGAGACAGGGCAACCCUAAUGGUGGUCGCUGUCUCCCCCGUGAUGGCUGUCCUGGCAAUGACAUCUGUGCUUGUUACCCGCAGAGCAAGCGCAGCGACGGGGUGAUCGAUGGCGAUGCCUCUAUCCGUGAGGUCCUGAAGGACUUUGGAAUAGAUGGAGGGGCUGAGAAAGAGCUGAAUGCAAGGGAGAAGCGCAGCAUUUCCUGCAACUUCCCCGAUCCUUUUGGUGGACUUAUCUGCGAAAACCACUGCGCCUACAUUGGAAAGCCCGGUGGCCAGUGCUCUGACCAGAAGGUUUGCACGUGCAACUGA